AGACAUGGCAAAUACGUCUCCGCCACCGUCCAUCAUCAGAGCUAGGGUUUUACUCUCACCCUUUCCUCCCCUCUUUCUCUCACUAAACCCAGAAAUCCACCAUCGAUUUUAAAAGGUUAUGCUGACAAAUAUCAUUCUUACCAAAGAACGGUCAGAUAGAUCAUUGAAUGCAUGUCAAAAGCCCAAAUAAAUGGUAGAAUCUUGUGUUUUGGAUUUUUUUUCCUCCUUUUCUGAUAUUUUCCCGCAUUUUCUGGUAAAAUAAUUACAGUGAUAUGAUCAGAUACGGGUCUGAUACACCUCAUAUUGUAUCAAUUUUUGUCCUGGCUGAUUCGCCUUCUGAUACUAAUGUUUGGAAGCUUGAUUGACCCACAUCCUGUCCUUUUUUCCCUUUUCUGUGCCAUGCUUAUUAUUAUCAUUAUUACUAUCAUUACUAUUAUUGUCUUUGUUCUCUUCCUCUCUCUCCGUCUCUUUCACUUUCCUCUUCAGUCCUCUCCAUGGAAGGAAAAAACGACUCCAAAACUAACAAGAAAUGCAGCUCCAAAACAAGACAUGGGUUCUACUAUCAGAAUCAACAGUACCAGACAUACCCGGCACUUCUUCCUCCCCCUUUCCCUCUCCCUCCUACAACGUCUUUGCAGCUGACUACUGCAAUUCCUCCUCUUAUUCCUCAAAGCCACACCUAUGGGUCCAAAACCCACUUGCAGGACCCGUGGAGGCAGAAACCUCGUCGUGCCACCCCAUCUGAAACCCAUGUUCUAGUUUUUCCUGCUACCAAAGCUCCAGAUGGACUUCGACGGAUAACCAGUUCACCCAAUAGAGUGGAUAACAAAGUCAUGGCUGCUGUUCCUUUAGAUCGUUGCCAAAAACCAGCCAGCAAUUCACAAGCACUCGUGACAACCAGGAGACCUGAUUCUGGAGGCACAGAUGGGCUGUUGAUUCCCCUCCUCGCAAACCAUUUCCUUGUCCGAUUUGACCCCUCUCAACAAAUCUUCCAUUAUGAUGUCGAGAUAUCUCCACAUCCGUCCAAGGAAAUUGCACGGAUAAUCAAGAGGAAACUGGUAGAGGACAACCCAGAUGUUUUCUUGGGCACUGUCCCGGCCUUUGAUGGCCGGAGGAAUCUGUACAGUCCUGUUGAAUUCCAGGACGACAAGCUCGAGCUUUUUGUAAGCCUGCUCAUCCCCACAGCGAAAUCGAUGCUUGUAGGAGAUAGUGGGAUUCCGCAGAAACAGACACAUAAGCUUUUUAGGGUAAAUAUCAAGCUGGCUUCGAAGCUGGAUGGACAAGAUUUAAGCAACUACUUGAGCAAGGAGGAGGAGAGUGUACGUCUUCCACAGGACUAUCUCCAUGCAUUGGAUGUUGUUUUGCGGGAGAGCCCAUCAGAGAAAUGCAUCGCUGUGGGCAGGUCCCUUUAUUCAAGCUCCAUGGGAGGAAUCGAAGACAUUGGUGGAGGAGCCGUUGGGUUGAGAGGGUUCUUUCAAAGCCUUAGACCAACCCAACAAGGCCUUGCCCUCAAUGUCGACUUCUCCGUAACGGCUUUUCAUGAAAGUAUCGGCAUCAUCCAAUAUCUGCAGAAGCGCUGUGACUUUCUGCGCGACCUUUCUCAGAGGAAAAUGAGGGGUCUGGCAGGAGAAGAAAAGAAAGAAGUGGAGAAGGCCUUGAAGAACAUCCGGGUUUUCGUCUGCCACAGAGACACUGAUCAGAGAUACAAGGUUUAUAGCUUGACAGAUGAAACUACUGAGAAUCUAUGGUUCAGAGACAGAGAUGGCAAGGAUCUUAGGCUGGUGGACUACUUCAAAGAUCACUACAACCAUGACAUACAGUUCAGGAACUUGCCAUGCUUGCAGAUGAGCAGGAGCAAGCCAUGCUAUCUUCCAAUGGAGCUCUGCGUGGUUUGUGAAGGGCAGAAAUUUCUUGGGAAGCUUUCGAAUGAUCAGACUGCAAGGAUCCUUAAGAUGGGUUGUCAGAGACCGCGGGCAAGAAAGGCGAUUAUUGAUGGAGUUGUGGGAGGAGCAGUCGGGCCAACAAGUGGCCACCACACAACAGAGUUCAAGCUUCACAUAUCUAGAGAGAUGACCCAGUUGUAUGGAAGAGUCCUUCAACCUCCCAAACUGAAACUCGGGGACGGUGGUCAAGUUACAGAUCUUAUUCCAACCCGCCAUGACCGCCAGUGGAACCUUCUAGACAGCCAUGUUGUCGAAGGUGCGAGAAUUGAGAGGUGGGCGCUGAUUAGUUUUGGUGGCAGCGCUGAGCAGCACAGUUGGGUUUCCAAAUUCAUCAACCAUCUGUGUCAUAGGUGUGAGCAGUUGGGCAUAUUUCUGAACAAGAGUACGGUUGUCCGUCCGCACUUUGAACAGAUCCAAGUGCUGAACAACGUUUCUGUCCUGGAAUCUAAACUGAGGAAAAUCCAUGAAUCAGCAUCGAGCAAGCUGCAGCUACUCAUUUGUAUCAUGGAGAAAAAGCAUAGAGGCUACGCCGACUUGAAGAGGAUUGCGGAGACUAGCAUAGGUGUUGUGAGUCAGUGUUGUUUGUAUUCCAAUCUCACCAAGAUGACUUCGCAAUUCUUGGCAAACCUAGCCUUGAAAAUCAAUGCCAAGGUCGGUGGAUGUACUGUGGCAUUGUAUAAUGCAUUCCCAUGCCAAAUUCCUAGGCUGUUUGGAGAUGACGAGCCUGUGAUUUUCAUGGGUGCCGAUGUCACCCACCCGCACCCUCUGGACGAUUUCAGCCCCUCCAUUGCAGCUGUUGUGGGCAGCAUGAACUGGCCCACUUCAAACAAGUACAUUUCCAGAAUGCGGUCCCAGACCCACAGGAAAGAAAUCAUUGAAGACCUCAGCGAAAUGGUUGGGGAGUUGCUGGACGAUUUCUACCAGGGAGUUAACAAGCUCCCGAAGAGAAUUCUCUUCUUCCGGGACGGAGUGAGCGAGACGCAGUUCCACAAAGUGCUGCAGGAAGAGUUACAGGCCAUUAGAGCUGCCUGUUCAAGGUUUCCCACCUAUAAGCCCACCAUCACUUUUGCAGUAGUCCAAAAGAGGCACCAUACCCGACUGUUCCCGAACGAGACCAUGGCGUCUGUGGGUCCGUCAUUCGACAAAAACAUACCACCAGGGACCAUUGUGGAUACUGUGCUUACCCAUCCGAAAGAGUUUGAUUUCUAUCUAUGCAGCCAUUGGGGGAUGAAAGGAACGAGCAGGCCAACGCAUUACCACAUCUUGUGGGACGAGAACUGUUUCACGUCGGAUGAGCUACAGAAGCUGGUGCAUAAUCUCUGCUACACGUUCAUGAGGUGUACCAAACCGGUUUCAUUGGUGCCCCCCGCGUACUACGCCCACCUUGCUGCAUAUAGAGGAAGGCUAUACCUUGAGAGGUUGGACUCUGCAGCAAUCUCUGGAAACACGCUCUUCAGAGCUGCUCCACCACAUGUGGUGCCAUUGCCAAAACUGAGUGACAAUGUUAAGAAGCUCAUGUUCUACUGCUGAUACUCUCACUCUCUAGCACCGAAAUUUUGAUGUAUAUACAACACGAUCACCAUCUAAAUCUCCAAGGGCCUCAUUGCAGCUCAUAUGUUCUAGAAUGCAUCAAAUGCGUUUUUCAGCUGAUUCUCAUAAGAGGGGGCUAUCUACAUGACCAGAACACGUAUUAUAGGCACAAGAACAGCUGAAGAUUUUGAACUGUGAGUGAAGUUACUAUAGGCUGUGGACAAGGUAUUGAAGAGAUUUUUUUGCAUUGAAUGAUAUUAUGCCUGACUGGUAAGGCUAACUUGCCAAUUUCCGUACUGCUGAUGGAUUUUCCUUCCAGUGGAGUUUUGUUGCUAAACAAUCCUGUUCUAUGACUCGGACCAGUUUACAGAUUACAGAAUCAAAGAUGACUGGAAGAAGAGUUUGUAGUCAAACUGAAUUAAGGAAUGCUUACUUGAUACACAACAAUGAAGAGGGUUUUUAUUUUUUCUUUUUGAACAUGUGAUCCCAAGAGUAAGGUGCACUUGACUAGUCAAUUCUGUCUUUCCCCAUGAAUUUUCCGCUCAACUGUUGUUUUGGAGGGAACAUCAUGGUGCUUGUAUUAUGUAUGAUAUUAUGUUAUCGAUUAUAGACAGUUUUGAAACUGAUACACUUGAUUUUGAAAAGGUUAUGUAUUGAAUUGUAUGUGAACAGAUGCCUUCCGAAAAACAAAGAAGGAAUUGUAUGUGAACAGAUUAUAGAUACACAAGUGGACCAAUUCAAAUC